GGAUUUAAGGCCUUUCACACCACAACAAAUCGAUAACAGUUCACACAUAUAUCAACAACCCUAGGGAUUUUCCAUCUCUAGACAAAACUGCCCAUACUAGAGCGAAAAUGGUGGCUGGAGGAGCCUCGGACACGGGCGGCGUGAAGCCCAUGGCCAUUGCCGGCCGCAUGGUGCGCGAGCGGGAGCGCCUCAUCGGAAUGUCCCCCGAAGAACGGGCCUGGCGCAAACAGUGGCUCAAGGAUCAGGAGCUGCACCACGGACCGCGCAAGGUUCCCGCCCUGGAGCUGGAGCUGAACAAUCCCAUUAAACGCUUCUACCGUGCCCCCCUCGACAAGGUGUGCUCCAUCCUGACCCCGGCCCUGGGAUUCCAGCGGGCGUUCACAGUGCGUUACUGGACCGGAAAGGCUCUCAUUGCCCUCACCGGAAUCUACGCCGGUGCCUACUACUUCAAGUACAAUCAGAAUGAUUGGACUCGUAAAGGCGGCUGGCGUGUAAUUUCCUCCCGCAAAGCGUGCGUUCCCGGCGACGAGGGAUACCCCAAGGUGUCCGAUCGGUCGGCGCCGUCCGAUUACGCUGCCCGUGGCUUCAAGGAAUCGCCUCUAUAAGCCGGACGGAGACCGCCUCCGAACUGGCUUAGUGAUUUUUCUUAAGUUUGAAACGUAAAUUUAUAAUACCAAAACAAAAAUCGCAAUAAACAUGGAAACGAAAACACAAAAA